AUGGAGCUUCAGCUUUUAUGCAUGAAAUAUAGCAGUAACCAACCCAUGAUAACUUCCAGGCUGAAAAAGUGUCAUUUUGAUGGGGCUUUUUAUGGUCCGAAUAUAGAUAUUAGCGUAUCUGAUGCUUUGAAUAGGAAAUUUCAAUGUGCAACAUUACAGCUGGACUUCCAGCUACCUGAGCGCUUCAAGUUGGAGUACUCAGCCGAAGAUGAAGCCAAGAGGGAGAAACCUCUUAUGAUACACAGAGCUAUCCUUGGGUCUGUUAAGCGUAUGUUUGCUAUAUUGUUGGAACACUACAAGGGUAAAUGGCCCUUCUGGCUUAGUCCCCGUCAAACAAUUGUUUGCCCUGUGUCAGAUAAGUCCCAGAACUAUGCGAUAGAGGUUCGGGAUCGGAUUCAUGAGGCCGGUUAUUAUGUAGAUGUUGAUAUGACAGAUUGAACAAUCCA